UGACACAAGGAGGAGGUGGCGUGGCAGCGCAAGAACCCAAGGCUGGAAUAAGGGGGCGUGGCUAGUUAUGCAGAUAGAGGGGCGGAGCUUAGGAGGGAUUGAGGAAGCAGAGUGGAGAAAGUGGUGGAACCUUCAGGCGCAGAGGAGAGAGGCAACAGGCACAUAAGGUGAUGCUCCUGUCGUGGUUGGUGAGCGCUGCCCUUUUAGGGUUGGCUGCCUGUGUUCCUAUUGAGCGACCCAAAGAGAAACAAGAAGCAGAGACUCCACCCGAGGCUCCGGACACUGGCCUUUAUUAUCACCGCUAUCUCCAAGAAGUUAUCAAUGUGCUGGAAACGGAUGGACACUUCCGAGAAAAGCUUCAGGCGGCCAAUGCUGAAGACAUUAAGAGUGGAAAACUCAGCAAAGAGCUGGACUUUGUCAGCCACCAUGUCCGUACCAAACUGGACGAGCUCAAGCGUCAGGAGGUGUCCCGGCUCAGGAUGCUUCUGAAGGCCAAAAUGGAUGCUACCAUGGAACAAAAUGUACAGAUUGAUCACCUGUCUUUGCUGAAGCAAUUUGAGCAUCUGGAUCCUCAAAACCAGCACACCUUUGAAGCCCGAGACUUGGAGUUGCUCAUUCAGGCUGCAACCAAAGACCUGGAGAACUAUGAUGCUGCUCAUCAUGAGGAGUUCAAGCGAUACGAGAUGAUGAAGGAGCAUGAACGUCGGGAAUAUUUGAAAUCUCUGGAUGAGGAGAAGCGGCAGCAGGAGGAAGCACACUUUGAGGAGCUCAAGAAGAAGCACAAGGAGCACCCCAAGGUCAACGUCCCGGGCAGCCGUGACCAACUCAAGGAGGUGUGGCAGGAGACAGAUGGCUUGGAUCCUAAUGAAUUUAAUCCCAAGACUUUCUUCAAGUUACAUGACACCAAUAGUGAUGGGGUGUUAGAUGAACAGGAGUUAGAAGCACUUUUCACUAAGGAGCUAGAGAAGGUUUAUGACCCCCGUAAUGAGGAAGAUGAUAUGCUAGAAAUGGAAGAGGAGCGGCUGAGAAUGCGGGAACACGUCAUGCAAAAUGUGGAUCUUAACAGGGACCGGCUGGUAACUCUGGAUGAGUUCCUCAAGUCAACACAGAAGAAGGAAUUUAAUGAAGUUGAUGGAUGGAAGACUGUGGAUGAAACACAGAUCUACUCCGAGGCAGAGCUGCAACGCUUUGAGGCGGAGUUGGCAGCCCAGGAGGCCGAGCUGGGCCGGAGAGCAGAGCAGCUUCGCCAACAGCACCAGGAACUUCAGCAGCGACAGGUGGAGCUCGAUGCUCAGAAGAAGGAGUAUCAGCAGGUUGUGCUCCAGAUGGAACAGAGGAAAUCCCAACAGCAACCUGGGCAGGUUCCCAAUGCUGGUCCUGGAGGAGAGCUCAAAUUCCAAGCCCAGCCACCUCAUGCCGCUCCAGGAGAUCAGCCAGUUCCACCUGAGUCCCAUCCUGUUGCACCAGAGCAAAAUCCCCAGGAGAACCACAUUGAGCCUCCUCAGAACCAACAGCAUCCAGAAGUAGAGACCCAGUAGAAAAUUGUCAGAAUGGGAGGGGCUGAGGGCAUUGUAUUUUCCUACGUCUGUAGUCUGUGGAUGGACGGCCCAUGAACUGCGUGUGGCCCCAAAGGCCAUUUUUGCAGCCCAAAAUUACUGCUGGAAUUUAGUGACAAAACCACAUCACUAAAAUCCAACUACAGCUGAGGGGGGUGUAUUAUUUUUAAAUCUAUGAAAGCAUAGUUAUGUCAAAGGGAUUUUCCACUAUGUGCCUCCAAAUUUUGAUAAGUAUGGUGGUAUAGGAGUCUUAUGACAGAUUUCUGGAUUGGGAUUGGCUCCUUGCAAUGUCAAAAAUUGGAUCAAAAUUCCUUGGAGGAUGGCAAGUGAAUGGGAAGGGUUGGAGCGUCUUUUGUAUCAGGGAAUUCUGAGUUUUAGGAAUAGUCCCACCCUUAACCAGCCCCCCCCCCCAAUUUUCCAAAAUAGGAGACAGCAUCUAUCCCUUUUUAUUUAUUAGGCUUGUACGUAUUCUCCAACCAAAAUGGUCCUCAUUAAGCAUUAUUAGGAAGGCUCUGGUGAGGAUGCUGGAAGCCAUGUAGAAGAACCCAGUAGGAGAAUUUGCACCAUAGGCACCUUGUUUUCAUCUGGUAAUUUUACCUUUGAGUACAUAAAACUGUGUGUGAAGCCUCAACUGCAGUAUUACGUGUUCUACUUCCUUUUCCUCCUUGCUCAAAUUUGCCCAUUGUAAAAUUAAAUAAUACUGUUGCACAGGUGGUUUUUCUUUUUUUACAGGGUAGACACUGAGAGCCUGACUUGUUUUUGGAUAAUUUGGAUCCUUCUGUUCAAUAAAACUGAUUAAAACCCUUGGUACCCAUUCA